AUGGCAAUGCACGUUGACGCCGUGCAGAAUGCACAGGCAAUCUCCACCAAGGAGAAAGAAAAGGCACUGAGAGCCUCGAUAUCGAAUAUAAUCGCCGACUUGGAAUGCCCGUUCAAUGUACCGAUAGAGAUGUACCUGUCAGUGCGCGAGCUGGCCGUCGCAUUACCAGCAUUUGGUGAAUUCGCCAUCGAUGGCCCCGACAAUAUUAUGAAAGGAAUUUUUGAGCCCGUGCGCGAGGACCUUUCUCGGCUGAUUUACGCUUCUCUCGGAACGACUGUACUGAAUGCGAGCUUCGCAUGGGCCUACUUGGGUCAAAUGAUUCUUAUGCCGACAGUGUUCAUUGAUAUACCACCAGGCACGGUGGCAGACUGGGCAGACUUGGAAAGCAGAGUCCGAAAGAUGCUAGGGAGGGCGACAUCGACAUUGGGAUUCAUCAUUGACGUGCAAUUUCAAAUCAUCCACUGA